UACAGAGACCAUUAACAGACAUAGGAAGUCAUAAAUGCUCGGAAGUUCCCUGAGUAAGUGACAGCAGGCACCAUUACAGUCCUUCAACUGAAGGGACAAGAAGAAAUAUGUUUACCUGACCAAAACAGAGGCAGAAACGUGAUUUAGACAGGGUUGCUUCAAGCUUGCAGUAGCCCUGCUGAGAGAGAGCUGAAGCGAUAAUCACCUGACCUCACUUUUCUCACUACUUCCAAUCUCCUGUUGAUGUUUCCUCAUGCCAGAUACAGCUACAAGUGAGAGGAUAAAGGAGUUCAUUCAUACAUUCCAUAUCAAUCAGGAUUCCAGGAGCCAGAAUGUAAUGGAAAGUGGUGAAGCAUAGACUAGAUAAGGUUAAUGCAGACAUUCUGCACAGCACAGAAAAAGAAAAGUUAUAUAUGCAUUAUAGUUUAUUGCAUUCUGCGUUUUAGAAUAUUUAGACAUAAGGUAGAAACCUCAUUGGAAGGAAGUGCUGCAAGUAGGCACUGUAGACACAAAAUUAUUUUUAGUAUCCAUUCAAGAAGUGAGGGAAUUGAUGGGGAAGAAAUACAAGAAUUUGAAUAGAUAUUUAGAAGGGACAAAUGGCAUAUAGGAUUACAUCAUUUCAUUUUCUCAUUAUUUUAGGAAAAUCAAGCCUCUGUUUUCUGUAUCAUUAUGCACUCAGCAACUGUCCACAAUGACACUGCCUUUCACCCCUCCACAUUUAUUUUACUUGGAAUCCCUGGGAUGCAAGACAAGCACAUUUGGAUCGCCAUCCCCUUCUGCUCCCUGUAUAUCCUUGCUCUGGUGGGCAAUGGCACCAUCCUCUACAUUGUCAUGAUGGACAGAGCUCUGCACGAGCCGAUGUACCUCUUCCUGUGCUUACUUUCCAUCACUGACGUGAUACUCUGUUCUACCACAUUGCCCAAAAUGCUAACAAUCUUCUGGCUCAAAUACCAUGUAAUUUCCUUCCAUGGCUGUCUCACCCAGAUGUUUUUUGUGCAUGCAGUCUUUGCAACAGAGUCAGCUGUUCUACUGGCUAUGGCUUUUGAUCGCUAUGUGGCUAUCUGCCGUCCACUUCAUUAUACAUCCAUCCUCAACGCCGCCAUGAUUGGAAAGAUUGGUCUGGCAUGUGUGAUUCGUGGCCUUCUUUUCGUUUUCCCUUUUGUCAUCCUCAUUGAACGCUUACCCUUCUGUGGACGUCAUAUCAUCCCCCACACCUACUGUGAGCACAUGGGUAUAGCCAAGCUGGCCUGUGCCAGCAUCAAGCCCAACACCAUUUACGGUCUCACUGUGGCACUUUCAAUCACUGGAAUGGAUGUGGUCCUCAUAGCCUCCUCCUACGUCCUGAUCCUGCAGGCUGUGCUACGACUGCCCUCCAAGGAUGCCCAAUUCCGAGCAUUUAGCACUUGUGGAGCCCAUAUUUGUGUAAUUCUUGUCUUCUAUAUUCCUGCCUUUUUUUCUUUUUUCACCCACCGCUUUGGUCACCAAGUACCUCCUCAGGUCCACAUUGUACUUGCAAAUCUUUAUCUCCUGGUGCCUCCCGUUCUCAACCCCAUGGUCUAUGGCAUUAAUACCAAACAGAUCCGCCUGAAAAUCAUUAAAAUUUUUUAUCUCAAGAAAAACCUAGAAACAUUUUGGGAAGAGUAG